CGCCGGUGCCCGUUUGAACGGACGGAUCCCUCCCCCUCCUCCCUGCGGAAAGUUGCACAAAGUUGGCUGAAUCUGGUUUGUUGGGGAGAUGAUAGAGAGCGAUAUCCCGUCCAUAAUGGCAGGAAUCAUUAGGAAUUCAGGGCAAAACCACCACCCCUCGCAGGAGUACAGGCUCCUGGCUUCAGACCCAUCCCAGCUGAGCGAGGAUGAGCUCCCAGGGGAUCUGCAGUCCCUGUCCUGGCUGACAUCCGUGGAUGUGCCUCGGCUCCAGCAGAUGGCCAGUGGGAGAAUGGAUUUCAGCCUGGGGGCUCAGAAUGCCAUGCUCCAGCAGACAGGUCCUGUGGGGAGCACGAUGCACUCGACACCCGGAGCAAUGAUCCACAUCCAGACCAGCCUCCCACAGGGAAUCCUGGGCCUCAAUCCCAUUUCCAGCCACGGAGCCAAUAUGAGCCCCUACGCCAUGGGUGGGCAGCUGUCCCCUGGUUUGCAAACACAGCAACAGCUCUUCCCUCCUCUUCCUCCUCAUCCUCCUCCUCCUCACUCCCAGCAGGUGUUUGCCCUUGCCCAGAACCCUCAGCAGGUACUGUGUAACCCAGCAGCAAUGUACAACACACCCUAUGGGACACAGCCACACUACUCCCAGCCACGCCUGGCUCCCCACUCUGCCCAGGAGCUGCAUCCAAAGCAUUAUCCCAAGCCCAUCUACUCCUACAGCUGUUUGAUCGCCAUGGCGCUGAAGAACAGCAAGACUGGCAGCCUGCCCGUGAGCGAGAUCUACAGCUUCAUGAAGGAGCACUUCCCCUACUUCAAGACAGCCCCUGACGGGUGGAAGAACUCGGUGAGGCACAACCUGUCCCUGAACAAGUGCUUUGAGAAGGUGGAGAACAAACUGAGCGGCACCUCCCGCAAGGGUUGCCUGUGGGCCCUCAACCCCGCCAAGAUCGACAAGAUGGAGGAGGAGAUGCAGAAGUGGAAGAGGAAGGAUCUGGCUGCUAUUCACAGGAGCAUGGCUAACCCAGAGGAGCUGGACAAGCUGAUCACUGACAGACCUGAGAGCUGCAGGCGGCCCAACAAGCAGGCAGAGCCCGAGGGAACCCCCCUGGGCCGCAUCUCUGUGUCCCAGCUCCAGCCCCAGCCCAUCAUGACGCUGUCCCUGCAGUCCCUGCCCCUGCACCACCAGCUCCAGACGCAGGCUCGCCUCGCCCCCAACUCGCCAGCACCUGCACAAACCCCUCCUCUGCACACCCUGCCUGACAUGAGCCACAGCCCCCUGCCCCAGCACCCCAUGGGACGAGCCCCCGACUUCCCCAACGUGGCGGUGGACAUGAGCACGGAGGUGGAUGCUCUGGAUCCCAGCAUUAUGGAUUUCGCUCUGCAAGGGAACAUUUGGGAGGAGAUGAAGGACGACAGCUUCAGCCUGGACACCCUGGGUGCCUUCAGCAACUCCCCCCUGCAUCUCUCUGACUGCGAGCUGGGCACGCCCGGCCUCACGACCGUGUCCAGCGGCAGCGACCGCUCCUUCUCCGACCUGCAGGUCACUGGCCUUUACACCACCUACACCACCCUGGACAAUGUGGCAGCUGCUCAGUACAUGAACCCCCAAGGCAACAAACCCAUCCCUCUGCUCUGAGCUCGGCCCCGUUCCACGGAUCCCGAGGGACGGUUCUUCCCCCUGGUUAAAAUCCGACCGGGAAGCUCCAAGAGCUCGUCCUGCUUUGGGAUGUGUUGGCUGGUUCCAGCGUGUGAGGCCAAAAUAAAUCAAGCUGGGACUUGGUAGAACCACUUUCCUCCCAUGGCAAGGGCGUGGACAUUUGUGUUGUGGGACUGGGGAGCUCUCCAGGAGGACCUGGAAGGCAGCAGGAACUUUCAUUGGAAUGUAAAUGAGCUAAAAAUGACCCAGUUAAGGGAGUUACAUUUAUUCCUGUAUCACCACUGUCACAGAAGCCUCCACAAUCCAAGGGGCUGGCCAGCCCCAAGUUGGUUGAUUGUGCCCCUGGUGUGUAAUUUUUUCUUAAUUUGCCAAAUUGGACAAAGACCUCCCCCAGUUCCUGGAGACAUUUGCACCACUAACACUUUUCUGACGUAACUGUUGUUAAUUUAUUGUUAGAAGGUAGGAAAAAAGGAGCAAAACCACUAAAAACAAAAACUCACCUCCCUAGCAGACCACUGUUAUAUCUAGAUUUGUGAAAGUCCUCACCCCUGAAGGAAGUGGUACUACUGAACUAUUAAACUGAUC